UUCUUCAGUACCCGGUGGACCGUCUCCGCGCGCGUUCGUGUCGCUCCUACCCGCAUUCGAAAGUAGUGCUAGUGAGGUUAAAUUGGAAUUGAUAGUUACACUAAUUUCCGAACGAAAGUUUUUAGUGUUGUGCUUUUUUCGGAAUAUUGGAAUUACAAUUUAACCGAUUCCUGUGACGACUAACUUGAUCUAGUCUUUUUAACAGUCGACCGGAGAGACGAAAAUCACAAUUCUGGACGCCAACAAUGACAUAGGCCCCAAGAUGGCGCUACGACUGAAGAAGGACAUAAAGAAAGCGUCGUACUACGUGUGGUUCCUGGGGGCGCAGGAGUCGCGGGGGCUGCGGGGGGAGGAGUUCGCAUUACCAGCGGUCCAACUGCUGGAAGAGCGGGCCAGGGAAUUGGAGCCUUUUAAGGUUACACUGCAGGUGUCCCACAAAGGGCUCAAGAUAAUCCAGAAUGUGACGACCAAGGGCAAGCAGCAGACGAUUAAGCACUUCAUCCCGCACGGCAGCAUCACCAGCGCCGUGGUGCAGGGCGAUGUGGUGGCAUGCGUGCUGCUGCUCUACAACCCGCUCACCGGCUGCCCCGUGCACGUGCACGCUUAUAGAUGUGAUUCAGACCACACAGCCGAGAUGCUCUACACACACCUCCAAGCUCUGAUAGAGCGACCAGAAAACCAGAAGAAAUUCGCCGACAUAGAGCGGAAACUACAAAUGAGAGGGGCUCUCCCAGUAUCCAAGAAACCUCCAGACUCAUCUUUAGGCAGUGAGGUGUCUAGAGAGUCUGACUCUGGAAGCAAUGAGGAGAGAUGCGUGGCUAAUUUGUAUGACAGUUUGGCUGCGGAGUUGAAACAAAAGUUGUCUACAGGUAAAAAGGGUCUAGGCAAUGUUUCAGGGAAAAGCCCUAUACUUUUACCGCCCCGCGACUACGACACAGUGCACAGGCAGAAGGGGAACCUGAGCAAUAUCGAUACCCGCCGCUGCCUGAAUCAGAACAUCGUGGGGGUGAACGCGCGGCGCAAGCUGGAGUCGUCGGGGGGAAGCUCGGGCAUUGGGAGUGAUCUGGCUCCGUCGCCUGAAAGGAACGAGUACACUAGGCAGCACGACAAUCAUAGCACCAGCGAGGAAGACUGGGCAGAGAGCACGGCUUAUAUGAUGCAUGAGGCGUUCGACGCGUCUCCUCGGCGCGCCGCGUCUCCUCGUCAUGCAGCAUCUCCGCGUCGUGCGGCGUCGCCUCGUCGUGCGGCGUCGCCUCGUCGUGCGGCUUCGCCCCGUCGCGCAGCUUCACCUCGCCGCACGUCACCGCCUCGCCGCGCGUCACCUCCACGCCGUGCGCUGUCACCGCGCCGAUACGACCACGGCUUCAAUGACGACUUCACCGAUCAGUUCCGCGACUCACUGGCGCCCUUCCGAGACCAGGCCGGUUUCGACCGCCACGCCCGCCACGAGUCUCCUGAACGUAUCAAAGAAAAACCUGAGAAAUACGACGACGCACCAAGCUAUAGACGGCGGUAUGCCGCAGAAACUAAACCGUCUAAUAGAAGCAUAGACCGAAUAGAAGAUCGCCGGUUCGGUAAACUAACAAGAGGCGCUAGCGAAGGAAGUCUAAAACUCGCCGAAGCCUCCCCAAAAGACCGGUUCCAAGUCGCUAAAGAAAAAUUCAAGAACCUAGAAAGAGAAAGGUUCAACAGGGAACUAGAGCAGCACAUGGCUAUCAGGAGGAGCAUGUUGGAAAGGAAUAGUCGCUCGACUUCUUCCCCCGAGGAAGAACGGAGAGACGAGCGGCAGCAGGAGCGCCACAGAGAAUUGAGCUCUCGGCGAGAACCUGAUCGUUCUCACCGGGAUUUGGAGCGUUCUCACAGAGAGCCAGAGCGGUUUAAGGAUCCGGAUCGCAUGCACGACAUAGACAGGGAUAUACCGCACAGAGAAGUGGAGAGACUCCCACGCGUCAGUCGUAAACGCGAAGAUGUCAAACGAUUCGAGUACGGGGCGGAGGAUUACCUGGACAGAAUCGAGCCAAAGCCGCGUAGAGAGGACUUUGACAGACACAGGGAGAGGAGAGAACUAGAUCGGCGUAUAGACGAGGAUGAAAUAAUUGAGCCAGUCAUUGAAGACAGGAGGAGAGACUGGAGUGACAGGCAAAGGGCAUUCAGCCGCUCGCGGCUGCUAGACGACCAGAGGCAGUCGUAUGCGGAGGGCGACAGGGACCGCUACUACGAGAGGGACUACCGAGAUUACCGCGACCUAUCGGACCGGCAGCCCGCGAAGUUCCGCCACAGCUACGCUGAGCCCAUCCCGCGCGGCCGCCUCGGGACAGUCAGACCUUACUGAAAUGCCAUAAUAGAAUAGCGUGCUUUUAUGACCUGAGGAAAUAAAUGAGAUUUAAUUAUUAUUAAUUUACUGUAUUGUGCAGUAAAUUGACGGUGGAUUUUAUCGAGUUUAGCUAAGCGGCCUCUAGAUGUUGUUAAAUUUCCUAAACCAACCUAAACUAUAAAAAGCUGUGGGAGUGUGCCUUCUUCGUGCAGAAGGCACACUCGCACAUCUUCUUAUAGAGUAUUUCGUCAUGCAGUUUGCUAAAUAUAUAAUAUUUGAAAGGCAGCUUUAAUGAAAAACUUCGAUAGGAUCAUUCGUCACAGACUGGCAGGCACAAAUUGCGUACCUAUUUAGAAGUUGUUUUAGUCAUUUAAAAAAUUAUUGUUCGUAGAUAAUAUGCAAUUGAAUUAUUAUUUAUGAAUACUCAGUUUGCCGCACCAUAUUACUAUACCUACAGAAAUGAUUUGUAACUUUUAUCAAUGUUUAAUGAGUGAAAUUCUAAAAAUGUGUUGGUGCUACAACUAAAACAAUAAUAAUGAUAAUAUAUUUCCUGUAUAUAAAUAACAAUUAUUAGUUAGUUUAAAUACAUUUAUAUAGUACCUAAACAACCAAUCGCUAAACAUAUCGACAUUAUCAAAUUUUGCAUUAAUUAUAUUAUAUGAGAUUUUUAGCAUGUUUUUGUAAUCGAUACCAUAUUUUGAUUUAAAAUAGUUUAUUUACAAAAUUUGACUAAAUGUGAUAAAAAAAUCAAUAUAUCAAAACUAUGGAAUGUACCUUAUAAAAAAAUAAUGUGGCAUUAUAAGGGGUCGCAGCCAAGAUGAGGAAGAGAAAAUUGUUCAUCAAGAAACGCCAAUCGAAAGAUAAACGGAUAGAAACGAAUAGUCGCAUUAUUCUAUAAGUUUAGAUGAGCGUUUUUUUUUAACAUUUUCACUUACAUAGGCCUCCCAAAAUGUUUAAUAAAAUCACGAAACGUCGAAGAAUUUAUCGAAAUUUACCUAACGUGUAAAAACAUAUUUAUUACUAAAACACCAAGGUUAAGAGUGUGUUUUAAGGCAAAGAAGAGACUUGUUCCUUAAGGGUUCCCUAAGGUGUUAAACUAAGGGUUCCGUACCCAAAGGAUAAAAACGGGACCCUAUUACUAAGACUUCGCUGUCCGUCCGUCUGUCACCAGGCUGUAUCUCAUGAAGAUGAUAGCUAGACAGUUGAAACUUUCACAGAUAAUGUAAAUUUCUGUUGCCGCUAUAACAACAAAUACUAAAAACAGAAUAAAAUAAAUAUUUAAGUGGGACUCCCAUACAACAAACGUGAUUUUUUGGCGUUUUUUUUUUGUAACGGUACGGAACCCUUCGUGCGCGAGUCCGACUCGAACUUGGUCGGUUUUUUUCAGCGUGUGCUCGAUAAUUUUACUGCAGUUCGGCAGCAAAACGGUGAAAUUGCAGUUAGUUAAACCUCAGUUGCAAUAUAUAAUAAUAAUAAAUGUGGGCCCGUAACUGUCUUGCAAUUCUUGCAUGCAGUGUAAAAGAAGCAAACAAAGUCGGCUUCACGUUGCUCUUCUUUACCUUAGACAUACAGAAACUAUGACUAGACCUAGCCCGUGGAUGUCCACGCAUAUCACAAUAACCUAAGCACCUAAAAUGCGAAUGCAAACACGAAAUUUAUUUAAUCUUAAAUAAACUGAAAUUCUCCAAACAUUUAGCGCGCAUAGAUUAAUUUGAUAUCACUCGACACGUUGGACGACUGAGAUAUCAUCUCAAAUACUUGUUAAUUAUUGUAUUGUAAUAUACGCGUGUUAAAGUAAGCAUAAGAUAGAAGACUAUAUUGUUCCAGUGACGUCACAUCACUUGUUUCUGACCCGUCCAUACAUUUAAUGAUUGUAAAAUAUUAAUAAAUAAAGUUAAAUCCA